AUGGCCCAACUCGAAGGAAAAUUGAAAACCAGAGAAGUCUGGUACGUUAACAAAAAGGUAAACGUUUUCCAGCAUAAUCAACACAUAAACAACUUUUUUCAGGGAUUUCUUCCCACUGAACAUACGCUCGACCAAAACUUGUUCGAACGGACACUGAAUCUGCAAGAAGUAAAGGAUCAACUGCAGAGCGGAGUCGAGCUUCCCGUCGUCAAACAGACGAGAAUGUUUUUUGAUGUGGGGGACGAGAAAAAGUGUCAGGUAGUGUUUCUUAUCCAUCGUCACAUUUAAUUUCGAAUAUUUAGGCGAAAAGGAUGAAGAUUUUGAGCGUGAAGGAGAGAAGAGUGAUGAUCGAGUGGGCAAAAUGCAAAAACAGAUCGAAACGGGAGAACCGAUAUGAGGAGGAGGACGAAGAUGACGACGACGAUAAAGACGAAAAAGAUUCGGAGUAUGUUCCGUCAAGAAAGGUCAGGAGGAUGGCGGUGGACCGUCGGCGGGAGCUUGCUCCGAGACGUCGACAGGCCGCUUCGAUUGCAGCCGGACAAAUUGACGUCGGUCAAGCCGACUCAACACAAGCCGACUCCGGACAAGCCGACUUUGGACAAGUCAACGGGAGAGAAGACAGGGCUCGUUUUCAUAUUGGGUGGACGCCACCGGAGUUCGCCGAUCAUCCUGACCACCCGAACGUCCCGGCUCCACCAAGUUCGGCACAAAUCGUAUCCUCUGCGGCUUCAGGUAUCAGAUCGGAACUCAGAAUUAUACAUAAAUUGAUAUUUGUAGAGUCGGCAGUGGAAACCGAAUCUGUAAACAUGGUGGUGGGUGGGAAUUUUGCCAAUUCGGGAGCGGCCAAAGCGCGAGGAAGUGCUACGUACAAGAAAAGGUCCGAGGAGAGAAUUUCCGAAUUGUCGUCCGACACGGAACAAAGCCAGAGCGGAAGUGGAAAUGCGGCGAUAGGGGCAGACAUCGCAGAAGAAGACGACAUCGCAGAGACAGAGGACAUCGAAGAGGAGAGGAACAUCGAAGAGGAGGACGUCAUCGAAGAGGAGAGGAACAUCGAAGAGGAGGACGUCAUCGAAGAGGCGGAUCACAUGGAAGAGGAAGAGUACAUUGACGUCGUCACUGUAGAUGAGGACAGCGUCCCGGUCGCCACUCCGGUCGCCACUCCGAUCGCCACUCCAAUCGCCUCUCCGGUUGCCAUUCCGAUUGCCACUCCGGUCGCCCAUACCGUCAUCGCUCCGAUCGCCACUCGAAUCGCCACUCCGAUCGCCACACCGGUCGCCCCUACCGUCAUCGCUCCGAUCGCCACUAAAAUCGCUACUCCAAUCGCCACUCCAAUCGCCACUCCGAUCGUCACUCCGGUCGCCCAUACCUUCAUUGCUCCGAUCGCCACUCCGGUCGCCCAUACCGUCAUCGCUCCGAUCGCCCCUCGAAUCGCCACUCCGAUCGCCACUCCGGUCGCCCCUACCGUCAUCGCUCCGAUCGCCACUAAAAUCGCUACUCCAAUCGCCACUCCAAUCGCCACUCCGAUCGUCACUCCGGUCGCCCAUACCUUCAUUGCUCCGAUCGCCACUCCUGUCGCCCAUACCGUCAUCGCUCCGAUCGAAACUCGAAUCGCCGCUCCCGCCAUUUCUCCGGUCGCCCAUACCGUCAUCGCUCCAAUCGCCACUCGAUUCGCCACUCCGAUCGCCACUCGAAUCGCCAAUCCGAUCGCCACUGCUGUCGCCCAUACCGUCAUCGCUCCGAUCGCCACUCCGAUCGCCGCUCCCGCCAUUUCUCCGGUCGCCCAUACCGUCAUCGCUCCGAUCGCCACUCGAAUCGCCACUCCGAUCGCCACUCCGGUCGCCCCUACCGUCAUCGCUCCGAUCGCCACUCGAAUCGCCAAUCCGAUCGCCACUCCUGUCAACCAUACCGUCAUCGCUCCGAUCGCCACUCGAAUCGCCAAUCCGAACGCCACUCCGGUCGCCCAUACCGUCAUCGCUCCAAUUGCCACUCGAUUCGCCACUCCGAUCGCCACUCCUGUCGCCCAUACCGUCAUCCCUCCGAUCGCCACUCGAAUCGCCGCUCCCGCCAUCCUUGGCGGCGCCCUUGACGGCGAUCCAGACUUCGUCCCCAGUGCUCAACUGUGGGACGAAACGGUGAGGAGAAUUAAUGAGCUGGAAAUAAUUCAAGCCUUCUUGAUAGCUCUCUUGCUUAAUGUUCAGUGAGUUUUUAAAGUUUUAUCACCUUGUCGUACUGACUUACACAUGGAUUAAAAUUUCUAAGACUUACAUUGAAAAAUUGCAUUUUAGACCACCGUUCCCGCUAUUCCCUUUGACCCCAUUAAACAUCGCCGCUCCCGUGACAGCCGAAAUUUGGUAUGCGGCACAGAGAAGAAUCAAAGAGCUGGAACUAACUCAAACCUUCUUGUUAGCUCUAUUGCCAUACUUUCUGUGAGUGUUUCAAAGUUUAUCCCCGUGUCGUAUUGACUUACACAUGGAUUACAAUUUUUGAAGCUUAAAUAGAAAAAUUACAUUUUAGGCCACAUCCUCAGAUGCCACCCGCCCCCUGUCCCAAGUCCGCCGCCCGUCAACCCCGAUCAAAUUUAAAAAUUUUUUUAUAUACUCUUCCGCCCCCCUUAAAAUAUAUACUUAAUCCAAUCAGCUUUAUUACCACACAGUUUCAAACACUUUUUAAUAAAGUACAUAUAAUUGCAUUCAUUGUUAAUUCAACGUUUUUUACUCGCGUUUUUCUACGCAAACGGAGUUUAUCUUUUUGAACUGUUCCAAAUACGCAGCUACUCGUUGAUUCUAGUUCGCACAAAGCAAAGAUCUGCUGCUCCGAUUUCUGUUUUUCUCCCUUCUGUCCUUGUAUUUCUUUUUAGAAUCGUUCACGAUUUCAGAAAAAGCCGUAAGAUCUGGUGCAGACGUCCGAAGGAAAGGUAUGCUUCACAGAUUUCUGCUACCACCGAAGAAGACGAUCAUCAUCACAACGUGAGUCAUCAAAUUCUCGCCCUGCUCUCCGCUAUCACCCUUCUUACGUGUUCUUCCUCUCUCUCUCUCUCUUUCUCCCCGCUCGGAAUGGUUUGUGGCAUUAUCACGUGUCUUUUUUUCACAGUCCUUACUAGAAGUUCCGAUUGUUUUCAAAACAGAGUUGUUGAGUGCUUGUAAAAUAAACACAAGUCACUCCCCUUUCUUUCUUCCGGCUGCCCUUCUAUUUCUGUUUUCUUCCUUCGUAUUGUCACUCCGGCACGCGGGCGUCGUGUGGCAGCAAAAACGACUCCGCCUGAUUCAUUAGCGUAGAAACUUCUCAUGAUCUUAGUGAUUUUCCAAUGCCCACCACUUUCUUUUGUUGGUGUGCUUCCCCCUCCUCCGUAGAUUCGAAUAGUCGGCUGAGUCGGGACACACGGACAUUAGGCUUCCAAAUUGCCUGUGCACAUUGUGAAUUACUAGCAAUAGAAAUCUUAGACACUGGUUACAGUGCCUCUGAAUUUUCUGAAAAUAGGCGUGGAAUUGGCGUGAGAGCGCAGAAUAUGGCCUUGAAAAAAUUUUGGAUUAUGAAGCAGACUAUAUCUAUUAUUCAAUUAGUACUCGCGCGCUAUUUGCGAGAACGUCAAGAUUCAAAUGUGACAGACGAACCUUCAAAUGCUCACUCUCAUGGAUGGCAUCAAAAAGACACUAUGUAUGCUCAAUGAGCGGGUGCUCUUUCUCUCUCUCUAUCUCAAAUCUUUCACGUAUUUCUUCAUAUCCGUCACUUCACUUCUAAUUAGCAGCUACGCAAACGGGUCGAUUUCGGGUCGGUACGAGCCGGCGGAUAACUCUCUUCAAAAUUAAAGUUCUGGUCGGCCCGCGCCACAAUCUCGUUUGUUGUCGCAUAUGUAGAACUCGUCGAGAUCUACAAUCUGAUAUGUGGUUCCACUCACAACUUUGAUUUUGAAGCGAGUUUUCCGCCACCCCAAAAUCGUCCUGUCUGCAAAUUUUGAAUGCAUCCCCCAAUUUUCAAAAAAAUUGGCGGGAGAGCGCAGAAUAUGGCCUUGAGAAAUUUUUCAAUCAUGAAGCAGACAAUACAUUAUUCAAUUAGUACUCGCGCGUUAUUGUUGUGACUGUCAAGAUUCAAAUGUGGCAGAUGGACCUUCAAAAGUCCGCUGUCAUGCGCGGCUUCAAAAAACACCAUGCUGAAUGAGUUGGUGCCUCCUACUUUCCUCUAACUCUUUCUCUCGAAACCGAAUAUUUCGUUUAUUCCUUCAUACCUCCUGCUGCUAAUUAGUCACACGAAGAAAUCCAAAGCAAGCUCCCCCAUUCAGUAAAGCAUGAACACACCAUUCCCUGAGGAGUUGAUUUCUACCGAUCCGCCCCCAUCUCACCACUCGCAUCGGUUUGGUGACGCAACUGCAAUACCUCUUUCUCUCCUUCCCCUCUCUUUUAUUUUGUUCGAAACAAACAGACAAAUUAUAAGGUCUCUUUCCAUCAAAGCAGCCUAUCUUUUUUCACACCUAUCAAUUUUUAGAGCGAGCAAAAACCCAUUUUUACGACGUAGUCUCGUUAACAAGUCCGUCAUUCCUUUUAUUCCCACUUUAUGGAGGUGCAAACACGAAAAUCUGAUCAGUUUCUCAAAAAAAUUCGACGACAGGAGUGACUCCUUUUUCCUAUGACGCAUAAACACACCGGCACCGCGCCCAAUCCGAGAACAUCUGUCUCUGGCGUUGGCAUCUCUCACCAGCUGCAUUCCAGUCACUUCUCCUUUUCAGUCUUUUCCAACUGGGAGGGUUUGUUAUCAAUUUUUUGUCGAAUUGAAGCGCUUUUUCAUUGUUUUUCGUGAAUAAUAGGAACUGCCUCCGCAAGUGGUGAGAAUGUUGUGAAAGAAAAUAUUACAAGCAGUUUGAACAUUCGAACAGCAAACAUUUUUCUAUAUCAAGCGUUCUCAGCCCAAAUAUUGCAAAUUCCACGUUGCUUUUUCAAAUGAAACGUUGAAAUUCCGGAAAAACUCUUAAUUAGAGCAUUUUUCGUAAAGUUUGAAAAUGCCUCCAGACAUUCUCUCGAGUUUUUAAAUUAAAAUUGUUAUUUACAGAUUUAAAAGCGAUCAGAAACAAAAAAUGGCUCAGCUCGAAGGUAAACUCAACUACAGGAAACGUUGGUACUUAGACCAGGAGGUAAAAAUUUGUCAGGCUUAUCAACAGAUAAAUACUCUUUUUCAGGAUAUGUAUGAACCCUCCGAGCACACCUUCCACAAUGAGCUGUUCGAAAAAGUGCUCAAUCUCCCCGAAGUCAAGGAGCAGCUCGAGAACGGAGUCCAGCUCCCCGUCGUCGAACAGACAAAAAUGGUGUUUCAAGUUGGAGAUGAAAAGAAGUGCUUGGUACGGCCUGAUCCACACUCACAUUCAAGUUUGAAUAUUUAGGCAACGAAGUUGGAGGUUUUGAGUAUGAGUCUGAGACGGGUGAAGUUAACAUGGGCGAAACGCAGCAGGACAAUCAAAAGGCGAGAUGAGAACGCUUAUGAGGACGAAGAGGACUACGACUACAUCCCUCCAAAACGAGUAAGAAAAAGAAAGGACCGCAGAAGUCGGAUCGAGGCUCCCGAGACAAGAUACCAGGCUAUGAGACGCAGCGACGCCGGACCAAGCGACAGGAGAGAAGAAAGGGAGGGAGAGGGUUCAACGAUGAAUGCUGCUCAGGGAUCGGUUGCUCCGAUCAGUGGCGGCGAGGCGGGACAAACCGGCAGAAUUGGAGCCCUGAAGACGAGAGAGCCAGCCGGUUCGACGACGAAUGCUGCUCAGCGUCCGAUUGUUCCGAUCAGUGGCGGCGAGGCGGGACAAACCGGAAGAAUUGGAGCCCUGAAGACGAGAGAGCCAGCCGGUUCAACGAUGAAUGCUGCUCAGGGAUCGGUUGCUCCGAUCAGUGGCGGCGAGGCGGGACAAACCGGAAGAAUUGGAGCCCUGAAGACGAGAGAGCCAGCCGGUUCGACGACGGAAGCUGUUCAGCGUCCGAUUUUUCCGAUCAGUGGCGGCGAGGCGGGACAAACCGGAAGAAUUGGAGCCCUGAAGACGAGAGAGCCAGCCGGUUCAACGAUGAAUGCUGCUCAGGGAUCGGUUGCUCCGAUCAGUGGCGGCGAGGCGGGACAAACCGGAAGAAUUGGAGCCCUGAAGACGAGAGAGCCAGCCGGUUCGACGACGGAAGCUGUUCAGCGUCCGAUUGUUCCGAUCAGUGGCGGCGAGGCGGGACAAACCGGAAGAAUUGGAGCCCUGAAGACGAGAGAGCCAGCCGGUUCGACGACGGAAGCUGUUCAGCGUUCGAUUUUUCCGAUCAGUGGCGGCGAGGCGGGACAAACCGGAAGAAUUGGAGCCCUGAAGACGAGAGAGCCAGCCGGUUCAACGAUGAAUGCUGCUCAGGGAUCGGUUGCUCCGAUCAGUGGCGGCGAGGCGGGACAAACCGGAAGAAUUGGAGCCCUGAAGACGAGAGAGCCAGCCGGUUCAACGAUGAAUGCUGCUCAGGGAUCGGUUGCUCCGAUCAGUGGCGGCGAGGCGGGACAAACCGGAAGAAUUGGAGCCCUGAAGACGAGAGAGCCAGCCGGUUCGACGACGGAAGCUGUUCAGCGUCCGAUUGUUCCGAUCAGUGGCGGCGAGGCGGGACAAACCGGCAGAAUUGGAGCCCUGAAGACGAGAGAGCCAGCCGGUUCGACGAUGAAUGCUGCUCAGGGAUCGGUUGCUCCGAUCAGUGGCGGCGAGGCGGGACAAACCGGCAGAAUUGGAGCCCUGAAGACGAGAGAGCCAGCCGGUUCGACGACGGAAGCUGUUCAGCGUCCGAUUGUUCCGAUCAGUGGCGGCGAGGCGGGACAAACCGGCAGAAUUGGAGCCCUGAAGACGAGAGAGCCAGCCGGUUCGACGAUGAAUGCUGCUCAGGGAUCGGUUGCUCCGAUCAGUGGCGGCGAGGCGGGACAAACCGGCAGAAUUGGAGCCCUGAAGACGAGAGAGCCAGCCGGUUCGACGACGGAAGCUGUUCAGCGUCCGAUUGUUCCGAUCAGUGGCGGCGAGGCGGGACAAACCGGAAGAAUUGGAGCCCUGAAGACGAGAGAGCCAGCCGGUUCGACGACGGAAGCUGUUCAGCGUCCGAUUGUUCCGAUCAGUGGCGGCGAGGCGGGACAAACCGGAAGAAUUGGAGCCCUGAAGACGAGAGAGCCAGCCGGUUCGACGACGGAAGCUGUUCAGCGUCCGAUUUUUCCGAUCAGUGGCGGCGAGGCGGGACAAACCGGAAGAAUUGGAGCCCUGAAGACGAGAGAGCCAGCCGGUUCGACGACGGAAGCUGUUCAGCGUCCGAUUUUUCCGAUCAGUGGCGGCGAGGCGGGACAAACCGGAAGAAUUGGAGCCCUGAAGACGAGAGAGCCAGCCGGUUCGACGACGGAAGCUGUUCAGCGUCCGAUUGUUCCGAUCAGUGGCGGCGAGGCGGGACAAGCCGGUAGGAGCGAAGCAAGGGCCAGAGAAGAAGCCGGACAGAUAAUGGAGGCAGUUCCAAACAGAGUAGGUGAGGCGGGACAAGCCGGCAAGAGAGAAGACCAGAAGACCAGAAGAUCCGUGAUGCCAGAGACUGUUCUGUGGACGCCACCAGGCAACUCCAAUCAGCUGAACUACCCGGUUGCCCCGGCUUCAUCGAUUCCAGUCCAGCUUGACGAAUCGUCAAACGGUAUCAGAUCUGAACUCAGAAAUAUACAUAAAUUGAUUAUUACAGAUUUGGGAAUCGUCGCCAAUCAAGUGCUCCCAGCCGACUCGAGCAACAGAGUGGUGGGCGGGAAUGUAGCCGAGUCGGGACAGAUAGAGGUCUCAGGAAAACCGGUGGAAGAGAGACGUUCGGAGUCGUUGCCGGACACGGAACAACAGCGAGGGAGCGAAAGAGGUGAUGCGGUGAUGGCGGACAACCUGGAAGAAGAUGAAAUCGACGUCGAAACGGUGUCCGUUGAGAAUGCCGUCGUCCCGGCCGAGCACCCAACCGCGGAAAUGUGGGCAGCCUCCCAGAGACGGAUAAGUCAUCUGGAACAACAGAUCGAGGCCCUGAACAGGAACGGCGGAAAUAACGAGACCACCAGUCAAUUUCAGAGCGUCGUGAACAAUAAUCUGUGAGUUAUUCAAGUUUUAACACUAUGUUGCACUGACUUGCACAUGGAUGAAAACUUCUAAAGCUGAAAUAUAUAAAACUGUUUUAUUUCAGGAUGCCGUCGGUUACUAGUUCCGCUCCCAUUCCAACAGCCCCCGUCUUCGGCUACUCGGUGACCAACCGUGACGCUCCCGGUUAUGCUUGGCCGGCAGUCGCUCCGAUCUUCUCCUACUCGAUGAACAACCGUUACGCUCCCGGCUAUGCUUGGCCGGCUGCCGCUCCGGGUUUUGGCUACUCGAUGAACAAUCAUGGUGCUCCCAGCUAUGCUUGGCCGGCUGCCACUCCGGGUUUUGGUUACUCGAUGAACAAUCAUGGUGCUCCCGGCUCUGCUUGGCCGGCAGUCGCUCCCGGCUAUGCUUGGUCAGCAGCCGCUCCUGUUUUUGCAAACCCGACGGACAAUCGGGGUGCUCGCGGAUCUGCACGACCCGCAGCUGCUUCCGCACCCAUUCCAGCAGCCUCCGUCUUCGUCCAACCGAUGGACAACCGUGGCGCCCCCGGGCCGUAG